AUGGCCGUGCCUCAUGCGUCUGCUGCUGCUGCUAGCCCGGCUUCCGCCGCUCCCUCGCCUCGCUCGCCGACCGUACAUCCUGUGGUGCUUCUAAGCGACUCUUUGGUGGCACCACCAACCGGCAUGGCUUCGCUUGCUUUGUCUGAGCCCCACACGUCGGACGAAGAGCUGCUUGCGAGCUGCCUCGACUGGGACCCCGACAGUGACUUCGGUUCCCUUGCUCAUGCUCAUUCUCGCGCUCGUUCGUCGACGACGCCUGCUCCUACUGAAGUCCCUCCUGUUCCGGCUGCCAUGGUCGAUGCUCCUGCUAUUGCUGUGACUCUAUCGUCGCCUGUACGGGCUCCUGUGGCUCCUUUCCCAUGGGACUUGGCUGCUGAAGCUCCUGGCUCAAGUCUUGCGUUUGAGGAAGUGUUUCACGGCAGUGAAGAAGAAUAG